GGUCUGGCUUCUCUUCCCUCCAUCCCAGGUUUUGCGUCACACCUCGCCACGAAAACGCUCCUUCAGGACUCGGUUUUUUCAUUCACUUCUGUACGGGAUUACAAGUGGCACAGGACCUGUUUCAGUCACCUGUUGUAAAGAGGAAAGUGACCUACAUUUCAACACUUAAACGAAUAUAUUUCCUCUCGAGUGUGAGGUUCGAUAUUUGGAAUGGCAGUGAAGACGUCUGAUCUUGGGUCGGUUAGUAUUACUAUGGAGGACAGCCUGUGUAAUGGAGGAACGCAGCCACAGGAAGCUCCAUUGCUAACUCAUCUGAAGAAGGUGGAGAACCACAUCACAGAGGCGCAGCGUUUCUCUCACCUGCCCAAACGCAGUACUGUGGAUCUGGAGUUCAAAGACCUGUCCUACACCAUCAGAGAAGGACCGUGGUGGAAAAAACAAGGUUAUAAGGCAUUACUCAAGUGUCUAUCAGGGAAGUUUUGGAGUCGGGAACUCGUUGGCAUUAUGGGCCCCUCUGGGGCUGGAAAAUCCACUUUGAUGAACAUCCUGGCGGGAUACAGGGAAACAGGAAUGACUGGAGAGAUCCUAGUAAACGGAAAGCUCCGACACCUCAGAACCUUUCGUAAAAUGUCCUGUUACAUUAUGCAAGAGGACAAAUUACUGCCCCACUUGUCUGUUCAAGAAGCAAUGAUGGUAUCAGCUAACCUGAAGCUCAACGAAGACACAGAGGUGAAAAAAGAGCUGAUAAAAGAAAUUCUGACAGCCCUGGGACUGCACGAGUGUGUCCACACUCGUACUGUGUCUCUCUCUGGAGGCCAGUGUAAGAGGUUGGCUAUUGCCCUUGAGCUAGUAAACAACCCCCCAGUCAUGUUUUUUGAUGAGCCCACCAGUGGUUUAGACAGCGCAUCCUGUUUCCAAGUAGUAUCACUGAUGAAGUCUCUUGCUCAAGGAGGGCGAACUAUCAUUUGCACUAUUCACCAGCCCAGUGCCAAACUAUUUGAGAUGUUUGAUAAGGUAUGUGCACGCUCAAAUCCUUUUGGAAAUCUUCAGAUCAUGUCAGUCAAUCAUUUGAUUCUUUUUGGGUCACUUUCACAGCUGUAUAUUUUAAGCCAAGGCCAGUGCAUAUACAAAGGAAGUGUCCCAUACCUCAUCCCUUACUUGAGAGGACUGGGUCUUCACUGUCCCACAUAUCACAAUCCUGCAGAUUUCAUCAUUGAAGUAGCGUCAGGAGAGUAUGGUGACUUGAACCCAGUGUUGUUUGAGGCUGUUCAGGGUGGCAUGUGUGCUUUGGAGCAAAAAUGCAACUGUAUCGACAAAACCGCUGUAACCCUGUGCACUGCAAAAUGUGUUAAAGAUUCAGGACAUGUUGAGAGACAUACCUUUGCAACAAGCUCUCUGACUCAGUUCUGCAUUCUCUUCAGGAGAACAUUUAUUACAAUAUGCAGAGACCAGGUUUUGACACAUUUACGCCUGAUGUCACACAUCUCCAUCGGAGUGCUGAUAGGCCUGCUGUACCUCAAUAUUGGCAAUGACGCCAGCAAAGUCUUCAACAACACUGGUUUCCUUUUCUUCUCAAUGCUCUUUCUCAUGUUUGGAGCGCUGAUGCCUACAGUUCUUACCUUUCCUCUAGAGAUGGCUGUGUUUCUAAGGGAACAUCUAAACUACUGGUACAGCCUGAAGGCUUACUAUCUGGCUAAGACAAUGGCCGACAUUCCAUUCCAGGUCCUCUGUCCCAUCAUGUACUGCAGUAUAGUGUACUGGAUGACUGAACAGCCUCCAGAGGCGAGCCGCUACUUGCUGUUUUUGGCUUUGUCGAUCUGUACAGCUUUAGUAGCCCAGUCUCUUGGACUUCUAGUCGGUGCUGCCUCCACAUCCCUUCAGGUGGCCACUUUUGUGGGUCCGGUGACAGCCAUUCCAGUCUUACUGUUCUCGGGGUUCUUCGUGAACUUUGACACCAUUCCAGAAUACCUACAAUGGAGUUCCUAUGUGUCCUAUGUUCGGUAUGGGUUUGAGGGGGUGAUUUUGUCUAUUUAUGGCAUGAACCGAACCGAGCUUGAAUGUCCAGGGAGGGUUUGCAAGUUUCAAAGACCUGAAGAAGUGCUGCAGUUGUUGGAUGUAGAAGAUGCCAAGCUUUACAUGGACUUCAUCGUACUGGGGAUUUUCUUCCUCAUCUUGCGACUCACAACCUAUUUGGUUUUGCGGUACAAAAUAAAGUCAGAGCGAUAAUAUUCAAGUGGCCUGUGGCCUGAGGCCACACUAUAAUGUAUACACUCUCAUUUCCAAAGGUGUCAUUAUCUGCUCAGGAAGGUCAGAUUUAUUUGUUGAUAAUUUUGUGUUCUGGUUUUUGUUUUUCAUCUGGAUUGAUGGAUCAGUUCACUUCCAGAACAAAGAUUUCCUGAUCAUUUUCUUACCCCCAUGUCAUCCAAGAUGUUCGUGUCUUUCUUUCUUCAGUUGCAAAGAAAGUACGGUUUUUGGUAAAACAUUCCAGGAUUUUUCUCCAUAUAGUGGACUUCAAUGGUUCCCAACAGGUACCAGUGCAGUUUCAAUGCAGCUUCAAAGGGCUCUACACGAUCCCAGCCAAGGAAUAAGGGUCUUAUCUAGCAAAAUAAUUGGUCAUGUAAUUAUAUAUUAUAUACUUUUUAACCACAAAUGCUUGUCUUGCACCAGAACAACCUCACACUUUAUGUAGUCGUGUUGGAAAGGUCACGCUUGACAUAGGUGGAAGUACCAACCCAGUGUUUACGAAGUGAACGUGCAAAGAAAGUCACCUUUUACCAAAAAAAAAAAACAAUUUUGAAGUUGGAUGAGAAAAUGAGAUGGAGUUUUUCGCCAUACCCUACCUUUUUGAACCGAAGUACACAGACAAAGAACUAACCAUGCGUGACUUUCCAACAUGAUUACGUAAUGCCAUAAGUCCACCAUAUGGAGAACAAAACCGGAAUGUUUUUCUCAAAAAACAUGUCUGCGACUGAAGAAAGAAAGACAUGAACAUCUUGGAUGACGUGGGGGUGAAUAAAUCAUCAAUUUUUAUUCUGGAAGUGAACCAAUCCUUUAAGUUAAUCAAAUGUCAUUGCCUACAGAAUUGGCUUUUAAAAAACUGAGUAAACUAAUGUUUUUCAGUGUUACAUUGAUGCAGUACUAGGUGCUGUUAUGCAAGGCUGCUACUGUACAUCCAAAGUCAAGAUGCGAUACCAAAUUUAAAUAUGCAUAUAUUUCUCUACUCAUCAUGUCAGUUCUUGAACUCAUUUAACUGUUGCUUUAAACUUACACUAACACUGAUGUCAUUUUUUUUUUUUUGACUCAAAGCUAAUUAGAAUGAAGUUUUGCAUUUCCACUUUCAGAAAGCACAUCAUGAACAUGUUUAGCCUGGGAUCAGGAUGUUUACAUAUCAUUGCAUAAGUCUAAAAAGGUUUUUAAUUCAAACCAGAAGACUGUGAAGUUUCACACAGUGCCUGUGUUUCUAUUAAACCAUCUUUUUGUAGAGUAGAUUUUAUUAUUUUUCUUUCUUUGUUGAUUAUAUACUAUUUUCGCCUUAAGAUUUUAUGUAACUACCUGGUGCUAAAAUGUAUGUAUUAAAACAAAGUUAUAAUUUUUUAGAACAAACUUUCAUAUCAUGUAUAUCAGCAAUGUAUUGCUUAAACGUGUCUAACUGCCAAAUGUACGUGUGUUUAGAAAUAAAAUUAUGAAAUCAAAAGUGCA